CUUACUAGCUGGUCAUUUCCCAUUGCCUAUAAAUAUACGCAGAGACUUAAAGCAUUUUCCACCUUAAGCACCACAAUAGCUAUACAAAAUUUACGUACUCGAAGACCAUAAUAGCAUUAUGAGUUAUAAUUUCCCAAGCAAACUAACCAUGAUAAUGGUUCUUGUCAUGCUAGCCAUGGCAACAACCAUGGUACGAGGCCAAGGGACUCGUGUUGGAUUUUAUUCCAGCACAUGUCCUAGAGUCGAAUCUAUUGUUCAAUCGACAGUGAAAUCUCAUUUUCAAUCUGAUCCAACGGUGGCGCCAGGAUUACUGAGAAUGCACUUUCAUGAUUGUUUUGUACAAGGUUGUGAUGGUUCUAUCCUCAUUGAUGGUUCAGACACAGAGAAAAGUGCUGGCCCAAAUGGUAACUUAAGAGGAUAUGAAGUUAUUGAUGAUGCUAAGAAGCAACUUGAAGACGUUUGUCCUGGAGUUGUCUCUUGUGCUGACAUUCUUGCUCUUGCUGCCCGUGAUUCCGUUGCCUUGACCAAUGGAGCAAGCUGGGUUGUACCUAUGGGACGUAAAGAUGGGCGAGUUUCAUCAGCAUCAGAUGUUAUGAGUAACCUUCCAAGUCCUUUUGAAUCCAUUGAUGAGCAGAAGCAAAAAUUUGCUGAAAAGGGUCUCAACACUCAGGAUUUUGUUACUCUUAUUGGGGGACACACUAUUGGAACAACAUCUUGCAUAGUGUUUAGAGACAGGCUAUAUAACUUCAACGACACUGGUCGCCCUGACCCUUCCAUAGAUGCAAGCUUCCUUCCUCAGCUUCAAGCACAGUGCCCAGAAGAUGGCGAUGGCUCGAAGCGAGUGGCACUAGACGAUGGCAGCGAAAAAAGAUUUGACAACUCAUUUUUCAAAAAUCUGAAGGAUAAACGUGGGAUUAUGUUAUCAGACCAGUUGUUGUGGACCGACAAUACCACCAAUAAUUUGGUCCGAAGGUUUUUGGGUAUUAGGGGAUUGCUUGGAUUGACAUUCAGUGUGGAGUUUGGCAAGUCCAUGGUUAAAAUGAGUAACAUUGGUGUUAAGAGUGAUUCUGAUGGCGAAAUUCGUAAACAUUGCUCUGCUUUCAACUGAUGUAGACUAUAUAUAUAUGUGUGUGUUUAGGAUUCUAUGUACUUUGUAGUAAAUUGCUAUUCCAAAUUGUUGUUAAUGGCUGUACCAGUAAAAAAAUUUACUAGAGAACUUACUUGUGCUUGGAGAUGAUUCUAAAUGUCAAGUAGUCAAAUGUAUUGCUUGCUUAUGCUUUGAACCAAUUAUGUAUA